CUUACCAGAACCGUAACUCUUCCGCAGGAGAGCGUUCAGGAGAACGUGAGGCCCUGUGACAUUUAACUCUAAGCUGGAUAUGCAUUAAACUUUUUUCUUCGCUCUUUAGAAUUGGGGAUAUCUUCACUGAAUAACUUGCUGCUUAAAGAAAGUAACUGAAGUUGGGAAAUUCAGGUUCACGUAACGCUAGGGACCAAAGAAGCAUACAUAAUAUUUUUCUGGUGCUGGGACCAACCUUCUGGAAGAAGACUAAAAUAACGUUUUGCCUUCAAGUUCUUUGUCCUGGGACUGACUUGUCUUUGGAGAAGAGCUAAACAGAAAAAAAUAUUUUAACAUUGGAGCCAUUAAAAAUAAACCUGUUCAAAGAACUUACUACCUGCAGACAGACUUACAAAGGUUGAGUCCUGCUUUUCGUCCAAGUUCCCACUUCAGACUGUAAACAAUGAGUGAGUUCUGGUUGUGUUUCAACUGCUGUAUUGCAGAACAGCCUCAGCCUAAAAGACGACGGCGGAUUGAUCGAAGCAUGAUUGGGGAGCCGACAAACUUCGUUCACACAGCUCAUGUAGGAUCUGGAGACCUAUUCAGUGGAAUGAAUUCAGUCAGCUCAAUUCAGAAUCAGAUGCAAUCCAAGGGAGGCUAUGGAGGUGGCAUAUCUGCAAAUGUUCAAAUGCAGCUCGUGGAUACAAAGGCAGGAUAACCUUGGGGAUACUUUUCCUGUUUAUGUGAGUUCCUGUAUCUUCUUUCCUGUGUCCUCCCUUUUGCCUUGGUGACUGCUUUCUGUGCUCAUGAGAAGAGAAGUGAUGGCUCAUUGUUCACCCUUCGUGAUUAGUCCAGUGAAAAGUUGCUGUUCUGCUCUGAUGAUGCCAUUUAUCAGAUUGGUCCAACUGUGCCUUUCAGUGGCAUGCAUGCAUUGGCCUCUACCAGUGUCAUGGAUGUAGAGCUGUUUAGGAUUGGUUGCCAUUUUUUCAGUUGUUUUAAGGCAAAUUAAAGCACUGACCUUAGCUUUCCUUAUUCCUCAGAAAUACUAAUGUACAACAUUCUGUUGCUUUUUAGUCCUUUAAUCAUUUCUCUACUCAAGUAUUUUAGAAAUUAAUGAGUUUUCACUAAUGUCGUCAAUCAGCUAAUGUUCGCCCAAUUUUUGAAAGGUCUGAGACCUGCAAGCACAAAUAAUUAUUUCAUACAAAAUCAACAGAGUAGAUGACCGCAUGCUUUGUGAGGUUGCUUUUUAUGGUGGCCUGCUUGGUGCUGAAAGAAAAAAAAAUUGCUUACUGCAGAUGUGAAAAAUUUUGCUG